AUGGAUGAAUGCAACACCAACUUCAUGCGGCUCCUCUCAGAUGAAAGCACCCAGUCCACCCUUUCAUCGGACAGUGAGUUUUAUCAGAGCCAGAUCUUGGAGCUGCUCCCCAGUGCGCAGGCGGUACGUCCCAGGGACAGCAGCCACAUUCUUCAGGACAAUGGAUCAGAAUCCAGAAGAAAAUCCACCGCUCCGCCACUCAGGAGUCUGGCCCUCAGUCUGCAGGCCAAAAGAGACCUCCUAGACAGAAGGAAGAUGCACACGAGCCAAGUUGGUUUCUGGGAGUCCUGGAAGCGAAGUCAGCGCAUCAGUAGGAAGAGGGCAUGGGAGCAGAUGAGAGAGACCUCCAGACAACUGUUGCCAUGGCAAAACACAUUGCACUUAAUUGAAGGCCGGUUUGGUGUGGGGGUUAAAGCUUAUUUCGUGUUCCUGAGGUAUCUGGUCUAUCUGAACCUGCUGCUCUGUGCUCUGAUCGGGGGCCUCGUCCUGGGACCCAGUGCAUUUAAUGGAAGAGGCUCAAUUGGUGAAUUUGGGGCCAAUGAUUCAGUGUUGGAUUUCUUCUUGGGAACGGGAUACUUGGACCGGUCCCCAGUCUUCUAUGGGUUCUACUCUGAAGAGUCGCUAGGUUUCCCUUGUUGGAACACUCGUCUGUUGUACCUCUAUGCAGUUUUGUCCAUAUACUUCAUCAGCCUCACCCUGGUUGUGCGGAGGGCAGUCCUGGGAUACAAGCACACAUGGAUCCUUUGGGAACGUUACAACACGUCUCUUUCUUUUAAGAUCUUCUGUGGAUGGGACCACACCAUCCAGGAUCCUGCAGCUGCAGCUCUGAAGCGCAGUGUCAUCAGGAACGACCUGAAGCUCUUCCUGGACGAGCAGCGCUUCAUUCUCCGUGAGGCCCAGAGGUCUUUGGGACAGAGGAUCCGUCUUUACCUGCUGCGCUUCCUUCUCAACCUCAUCGUACUCUCUCUACUCGGAGGAGCCUUUUUCCUAAUUUAUUUUGCAACAGUGAUGUCCCAAUCAGAAAACCAGAAGAGAAGACAUCACUGGAUGGUCAGCCUGUUUUUGCAGUACUUGCCUCCCAUCACCAUCACGACAGCAAACAUGGUCCUCCCUCAUGUUUUCCGUAAAAUCGCAGGCUUUGAAGACAGCUCUUUCACGGCACAGGUCAAUGCCACACUAGUGCGGAGCAUCGUUCUGAAGCUCGCCUCGUUGGGGAUUUAUUUGUUUUUUAUCUUUACCACCAAUCAUGAUCAAUGUUGGGAGAAUCAGAACGGCAGAGAGAUGUACAAACUCUGCAUCUUCAACUUCCUCACCACAUUCUCUUUUGCCUUCUUCAUAAAUUACCCCAGGAAGAUUGUGCAGGAGAGGUUUCCAUCAUCUCUUGUGGCUCGUUUGUCUGGAAAACAACAAUUCCUGAUCCCCUUCAAUGUUCUGGACCUGGUCUACGCUCAGACCGUGUCCUGGGUGGGCGUGUACUACUGCCCUCUGCUGCCUCUCAUUGGAACAGUCAUACACACAGCUACUUUCUACAUCAAGAAGUUCACGUUGCUGCGGUGCUGUGUGGCUGAGCAGAGGAUGUUUCGAGGCUCCAACUCCUCUGUUCUUUUCCACUUCAUGUUGCUGCUUGGCCUGGCGAUGGCAGGAGUCACUCUGGCCUUUAACUUCCUCAGGAGCUCACCGUCGUUCUCUUGUGGUCCAUUUGGGAAUCCCCACAGUGUGCUGAAUGUGACAAGCACCUGUGUGGAGACUCUUCCCUUUGCAGUACAGAAAGGUCUGUACGCUCUCUCCUCUGUGGCCUUCGCUGCGCUACUGCUGAUGGGACAAGUUAUUCUUCUCACCUUCUAUAUCUCACGGAGCAGGACCAACAAUAAGACCAUUGAGAGCCUCAAACACAUGCUGGUGAUGACAAACUCAGAUAAGCACUUCCUGGUGAAAGAAAAUGCCACAUUUCUUCGGCGCAGAAAUAAAACAAUUUCUGCUCGGGUGAACACAAGCUGGACUCCACCCCAGGAACCGACAGGGUCCCCUCAUACCACCCAGGACGUCCUCGAAGAAGUAUCAGAAGCAGUAUCUCAUCACUUGCAAUACGAAGAAAGCCCAUAA